GUCAAAGUAAUGCAGUGCUUAUUCAAUUAUUGUUCAAAGUAAUUAACAGAAAAUUGAGUUGCUUUCCAAGGGCUGUAACGAACAGGCAUACUGGGAAUUCAUGUUUCAGGACGAACGAAUCUUGUGAAUUUCUCAAAAAUGAGUAAGACCAGCCUAAAGGGUUUGACAGAGUCUCAAGUGGAAGAGUUGCGGAAAUCGUUCCAAGUUUUUGACGCGGAUGGGGACGGACGUGUGUCACGUGAUGAGCUGCGGACGGCCAUGAGGCGCCUUGGACAAAACCCGACCGAGGACGAAAUCGACGACAUCUAUGAACAGGUGGACGCCGACGGGAGUGGGACGAUCGAGUUCGAGGAAUUCGCGGAGAUGAUGCGGCACCGCUGGGAGACGGUAGACGAGAAGGAGGAACUCCGCCGCUCAUUCCGGGUCUUUGACAGGGAUGGUGACGGCUUCAUAAGUGAGGCGGAACUACGUUGCAUCAUGACGCAGCUGGGAGAAAUGACGGACGCAGAGGUCACUGACAUGAUGAAGCAAGCCGACGGAGACGGCGAUGGCAAAAUCAACUACGAGGAAUUCGUGCGGAUGAUGACGGCGAAAUGAAAACACCGAACACAUUCUGCUUUCCGAAGAAUUAAUUUCGCUUUAAAUGAUGAACGUUGUUGUGAAAUAGUUAAAUACUUAUGCCCACAAGACUUCAAGUGACACUCUUAUUCAAAGUCAAUACAUACACAUGUAUAACAAACAUAAAUUUUGAGUGAUAAACAUUCAACACCUUACUAAACAAUGCAUUUAUUGAAAAUAUUAAUUAUUGAUAUCAUGAUUGUAACCGUGUAUUUAAUAGCUGAAAAAGCAAAACUAUCAAAUGAUUGGUGAAUGCUAAAAGAUUUACUGCGAUCUUCUAUCGUCUCAUAAGGUAGCAAAGUCUCAUAAGGUAGCAAUACCGUGUUUUCUGCAUAUUUCUUUC